UUUUUUUAGUGAAAAUAACCUACAAGUUUUUUAUUUUUUAAAUUCAAAUAAAUACUAGAUAUUUAUUUUUUAAAAAUGGAAAACUAUAGAAAAGGGAGGAACCACGAAGAACCGCUUACCCAAGAAACUUUACAGAUUAAAAAUCUUCCAGAAAAGAUUCUAUGGAUGCAGGUGAGAGGAGGCAGCAAAAUUCGUAAUCUUCUCGAAUACGCUUUAAAGACAUUCCCUGAAAAUAAAGUCGUCGUUUGGACCGGAUUUGGAACGUCCGUAGGAAAGGCGAUAACUUGUGCAGAGAUCAUGAAACGAGAGUAUAACAAUGUUUUACAUCAAGUCACAAAGCUGGCUUAUCGCAAUGUGGAAGAAUAUUGGGAUCCAUUGAUCCCAGACAUGGAUCAGCUGGUAGUUAAAAGAAAAUUGCCUAUGGUUCAUGUGUGUUUAUCAGAGCAACCACUUGAUAUUAAUGAUUCAGGUUAUCAAGCUCCUGGAGAUAUUGUACCAUAUACAGGACCAGGAAGUUCACAGCCACAUUCAGACAACAGAAAUUACGGUAAACAUAGGGAGAAAAAGAAAAAACACAAUGGAGCUAACAAACAAAAUAAUGCUAGUAGUAGUAGCAGUAAUAGUGCAGUAAAUUCAAACAAAUAAAGACUUUUUUCAUUAAAA